AUGUUUAUUUUCAUAUGUUUGUGCUCAUGGAGCCUGACUGGUGUGUUUGGUGUUGAUGAAGUGAAGUCAGUGUCAGUGACGGAGGGAGAUUCUGUCACUCUAAACUCUGAUGAUACUGAUAUAAUGGGAGAUGAACUGAUAAUGUGGAGAUUUGGAAACAACAACAGUCUCAUAGCUAAAAUGAACAGAAAGGACAAUAAGGGACAGUUUAUUGAUGAGAGAUUCAGAGACAGACUGAAGCUGGAUCAGACUGGAUCUCUGAGCAUCACAAACACCAGAACCACAGACUCUGGACUUUAUAAAGUCACCAGCACCAGAACAGAGACACCACUCAACACAUACAAUCUCAUUGUUUAUGCUCAUCUGCCUGUUCCUGUCAUCAGCAGUAAUUCAUCAUCGCAAGGAUCAUCAGUGUCCAGUUGUGUGUUUCUGUGUUCAGUGGUGAAUGUGGGUCAUGUGACUCUCUCCUGGUACAAAGGAAACAGUUUAUUGUCCAGCAUCAGUGUGUCUCAUCUCAGCAGAAGUCUUUCUUUAUCUCUGGAGUGUCUGGAUGAUUCCUACAGCUGUGUGCUGAACAAUCCUAUCAGCAACCAGACGAGACAUCUCAACAACACUGAGAUCUGUCAGCCAUGUUCAGACUCUGUAUCUCUGAUAGUGUUGAUCUCUGCUGCUUCUGUUGGAUCUCUGUUGAUCGUAGCUGCUGUCGGGAUCUUCUGCAUCUGCAGCAAACACAGAAAAACAGACCAAGAAGUUCAGACCCGUGAUAGAGAGAUCACUUACGCUGAUCCCACAUUUUACAAAAGACAUAAAUCGAGUGCUACAGAGCAGGAUAAUGUGGUGUACGCAGGAGUCUCAAGACGUUGA